AUAGGCGAGAGACUUCUUGUUUCCUGGCAGAGCGGGGUCCCGGCACCGCGGCGCUCGGGUUUUGUUUGGGUCCUGGGUGGCGGGCCCAGGUGCCGGGGCCCGAGGUGGCGCCUCGCUAGCGGGAGAGGGAGCGGGAUCACCGGCCCGGAGAGAGCUCUCAGGGCCAAAGUGGGGCAGGAGGAUGCUUUCCCAGCCCCACCAUGGAACUGCGCUGUGGGGGAUUGCUGUUCAGUUCUCGCUUUGAUUCAGGGAACCUAGCCCACGUGGAGAAAGUGGAAUCUGUGUCUAGUGAUGGGGAAGGAGCAGCAGGUGGGGCAUCAGCCCCCACCAACAGCACUGCCUCUUCCCCUGACUACGAGUUCAAUGUGUGGACCCGACCAGACUGUGCUGAAACAGAAUUUGAGAAUGGGAACAGGUCAUGGUUCUACUUCAGUGUCCGGGGAGGAUCUCCAGGAAAACUCAUCAAGAUCAAUAUUAUGAACAUGAACAAGCAAAGUAAGCUGUAUUCCCAGGGCAUGGCCCCCUUUGUGCGUACACUGCCUACCCGGCCACGCUGGGAACGCAUUAGAGAUCGGCCCACCUUUGAGAUGACAGAGACGCAGUUUGUGUUAUCCUUUGUUCACCGUUUUGUGGAGGGCCGUGGGGCCACCACCUUCUUCGCCUUCUGCUACCCCUUCUCCUACAGUGACUGCCAGGAUUUGCUAAACCAGCUAGACCAGCGCUUUCUGGAGAACUACCCUACCCAUAGCAGCCCCCUGGAUACCAUCUAUUACCACCGGGAGAUCCUUUGCUAUUCUUUGGAUGGACUUCGUGUAGAUCUGCUAACGAUCAGUUCCUGCCAUGGGCUUCGAGAAGAUCGAGAGCCCCGUCUAGAGCAGCUAUUUCCUGAUAUCGGUACCCCUCGACCAUUCUGUUUCACAGGCAAGAAGAUAUUCUUCUUAAGCAGUAGGGUACACCCUGGGGAGACUCCAUCUAGCUUUGUCUUCAAUGGCUUUUUGGACUUCAUCCUUCGACCUGAUGAUCCCCGGGCCCAAACCCUGCGUCGCCUCUUUGUCUUUAAGCUGAUUCCCAUGUUGAACCCUGAUGGUGUGGUCCGGGGCCACUAUCGCACAGACUCACGUGGAGUGAAUCUGAACCGUCAGUACCUGAAGCCUGAUGCGGUCCUGCACCCGGCCAUCUACGGGGCGAAAGCUGUGCUUCUCUACCACCACGUGCACUCCCGUCUGAACUCCCAGAGCCCCUCUGAGCACCAGCACAGUCCUCAUCUCUCUCCUGAUGUUUCCCUUUCUGACCUUGAGAAAGCCAACAAUCUCCAUAACGAAGCUCACCUCGGGCACUCAUCUAACAGGGAGAACCCUGAGACCUGGACACAGACUGAACCAGCAGAACAGAAGCCCAGCGGUGUGUGGAUUGCGCCACAACAGUCCGCCGAGGCUGAGCAGCCAGCCCCCGACACCAUCCCCCCCAAAGAGAGUGGUGUCGCUUACUAUGUGGACCUGCACGGACAUGCCUCCAAGAGGGGCUGCUUCAUGUAUGGAAACAGCUUUAGUGAUGAGAACACCCAGGUAGAAAAUAUGCUGUAUCCAAAGCUCAUCUCCUUGAACUCAGCCCACUUCGACUUCCAGGGCUGCAAUUUCUCAGAGAAAAACAUGUAUGCCCGAGACCGCAGAGAUGGCCAGUCUAAGGAGGGAAGCGGCCGGGUUGCAAUCUACAAAGCCUCAGGGAUAAUCCACAGUUACACACUUGAAUGCAACUACAACACUGGACGCUCAGUAAACAGCAUCCCUGCUGCCUGCCAUGACAACGGGCGUGCCAGCCCUCCUCCCCCACCGGCUUUCCCCUCCAGAUACACUGUGGAACUGUUUGAGCAGGUGGGACGAGCUAUGGCCAUUGCAGCUCUGGACAUGGCAGAAUGCAAUCCAUGGCCCAGAAUCGUGUUGUCAGAGCACAGCAGCCUCACAAACCUCCGGGCCUGGAUGCUAAAACAUGUGCGUAGCAGCCGAGGCCUGAGCAGCACUGUGAACGUGGGUGUCAACAAGAAGAAAGGCUCUCGAACUCCACCCAAAAGUAACAAUGGCUUACCUGUUUCCUGCUCUGAAAAUACCUUGAGCCGCACACGAAGUUUUAGCACUGGCACAAGUGCUGGCGGUAGCAGCAGCAGCCAACAAAAUUCUCCACAGAUGAAGAACUCCCCCAGCUUUCCUUUUCAUGGCAGUCGGCCUGCAGGGCUGCCAGGCCUGGGCUCUAGCACCCAAAAGGUCAGCCACCGGGUGCUGGGCCCCGUGAGAGGAUGGGAGACAGGAUGGGAGACUGGUGCGACAGGGACCUGUGAUGCAGAUGGUGUGUGGACUUGGCAUCUUCAAUCCUUGGAACUACUUCUCUAUUUGUCCAGUGUGAUCUAUCUAUGCUGCAGCUUUGUGACAUUUCCUUUCCCACACAUCUGGCUUUUUGGCCCCGGCCGUAUCUAGACACACUUGGUCUUCUCAGACAGGAACAUGACACCCAUUCCUCUAAGCUCUUACUAUAAAGCAGCUAUACUUUCCAAACCCAAAACUGGGACUGUGAUUUAACAAACGAUUUUUGUGACCUGUGAACUUAUAUUUAUAAUAAAAAUUUCCACUAAUGUAUAAAAAUUAUAUUAUUUAACUAUGUAAUUAGUGAGUAUCCUUUAUUGGCUAGAACAAAACAUGAGACUGGACUAUCCAGAAAAUUUCAGGAAAGAUCUAGGCAGCUCAGUCAUAAACUUAAGGCAGAUGUUCAGGGACCUAGUCUGAAAGGUUCUGUUCUCAGAGGCUGGAAAAUGACAUUUUAAAAGGUUAACAAGUAGCCAACUUGGGGUGAAGAGGAAUGUUCCUGGGAUAGGGGGCUAGCCUUGACUUCCAGUGUCCCCUGACCAUAGUGCCAGGAUCUUCUUUUCCUCCUUCUCCCAUGCUGCAAAACAUCACCUUCCCAGACCUGUGGUCAAGUUCUUGUCCACUGGCUCAGAAGUGCAGACAGCAAUAUCAGGAGCCGUGGAGGAGGAGGGAGAGGUCACUUGGGAAUAGCUAAUACAAUGAUGGAGUGAGGGAGGUCUAAAGUCUGCGAGAUAGCUGUGCAAAAGCAGAUGCAAACAGCUCAGAGGGCCUGCUAGGAAGAGGGUGGAGUGGUAAACCAGCUCCUAUUGGUUAUGUAUUGAUGGAAACAGGGCAAGGACUAGGGGGAGGUCAGUGAGGUGCCCACGACACACAAUUUAAAAAGCACUUGAUCUCAAGGCCAGGAAAGGGCCUCCCUAUAUUGUACACCCUAUAUGCCUCUCGCUUCAUCCUAGUCCUGGCCCUGGAUUCAGGCAACAGUCUCACUCAAUAACAAACAUACCCUGGCCCUCCAGCCUACCGAGCAGGAUACUGGGGUAAAAGACAAAGGACUUAAGUGUAACGUCUUCAGCUGUUGUCCUGUCUCCGCCACUCUCAUCUCUCCCAGCUCUGGCAGUUAAACCUGGGGUUUACUAGAACCCCUCCUUGGCCUAUACGAUGCCUUGGCUCAGCUAACAGGCAGCUUUGGGUAGAGGAGCUCAUCCAGUGGUAACUGGAGGUUCCUUUGAGAAGGGAGUCAAAGGACACAGCGAGCGUGCCUCCAGCACCAUCGCCACUUUUACUUUUUCCACUGCAAACAAGUUUCAUGUUAAAUAUCAGGUUAAAACUUAUUUGAUGGCAGGAAAUGUCUCCUAACACAUCUACUUAUUCCCUUAUCACCUAGCACUGUACCUAGCACUGUGCCUAGCCUAGCACUUACUAAAUGAUCAGCGAAUACUCGCUAAACAAAUAAAAGGCAGGAAGUUGGGAGCUGCAUGAAUAUGUGUGUAACUUUGCUAUCCCUCAGAGGGCAUAAAUCAGGUUUGUGAUCAUCCCAGGGAUUAAAUAAAUCUGAGGUGCCACAUGUAGAGACAGUUCCAAAGACAUUUCGGAGGGAUGAUGCAGGACUUAGGAGCAAGUCACAUAACUGCUGUAAAUUGUGAGGCCUUAGAAUAUCCAUUCUAAUUCAUACAAUAGUGAGGUCAGUUUGGCUUUUCCUUUCAGACUUUUGCCCCAGGACUAUCCUGCCACUCCCAAAAUGGAACCUAUAGCUGAUUACCAUCAUCUCACCACCUCUAGUAGCUGAUCACAUAUCACCCUUGCACUCAGCCUUAAGCUGCUAUUUCUAUAGCUCAGAACCAAGAAAUAAGAGAGUUGGAGCCCCUCCAAUUUUUGUCUUAAUGGGGACCGCGCAGGCCUGGAUUACACUGAGUGCCAAAAGCCACGACAUGAGAAACGGCUAUGUGCUCACGUUGUCAAGUUUAUAGGCAGACCUGGACAGAUCUUAAGAUAGUCUUUUAAGUGCUGGUUGAAGUGCUGUCUUUAAAAGCCUUACACUUUUCAGACCAGGCGUGCCCGCUAAACCACACCUUGUCUUCUAUCCUGAAACUCUUUAGGGGCAGGAUUCCUGAGUUGUAGCCUUUGUAUCUUUCCCAUGACCCGUACUUUCCACACUGACCUUUUAACACCAUUUGCCUGUUUUGCUUCUUACUUUGAGUGUCAUGCAGUUUCUUUCUAGAACCUGUAAAUGUCCCAAAGGCCUUCACCCAUUUUCUUGCUUGCUCUCUCUCAUCCUUUAUUGGGUUGGGUGAGGCUUCAUCCCUUAAUGUCAUUUCAGCAUGCUUCUGUGUAUGAAGAUUUCUCAGACCAUCUAGAAACUUGCUAUUUCCUCCUCUAUCAAGUUCAUUAUUUCUGUGUACUGUGCACUGCCACUUGGACAUCAUAGUGACAUCCCUGUUUUAACCAAAGAAAUACCCAGGUGUGGGCUCCACAGUAUCUCUUAAGUCAUUGGUGAUAGGUAAUGUUUCAGGUUAUUUGACUAUGGCCUUGAAUCUGACUUCUGUUGUCUUGGCAUCGCUGUCCCAACUCUUGCUAGCCCCAUAAAGUCUGGUUGUUUUUCUCUUGGCUGUGGUCUUCAGACUCUUAAUUGGUACCCAGCAUCUCAGCAAACUCCUCAAAGGUGGAGUAGUGUCCAUCUUGACAUCUCUUCCUUUUCUUCUAGACUUUAUUCAUGUAAGUAUCAAUUUUUUAAAAUUUGGUUUGGGCCCUUCCAGAAAUAACCCUGUUAUUGCCUGCUGCUUCUCAGUAUAGCUAGACAGGAUGAAGUUGUCGCCUAUUUCCUAAGUUGGAGGCUUUUCACAUCUAACAUGUGUUGCUUUGUUAGGUGUCAGCUGGCAUCCUGGAAACCCCAUCAAAUUCAGCUGCAUGGAGGUUAAUAGCUCAUUCAGUUUGAGAGCAUUUAGCACCUGCUGUCCUUCUGUGGCGAGGAAGCAUAUGCCAAACCUGAGAGCCUGCCUACCCCACCCAGCAACCAUUUAUGCCAGUGGGCUCUCACCUUUUAGAACUUCUAACAGUAAGACUCUAAGCACAAUGAAUGGACUAGAGAGCUGCCCCAUAGGGUAUAAUGAUAUGCCCUUAGAGUUACUGAGCCAGUUCAUGGUCUGCAGUGGGUGUCCGCUAUUCAGGUAAACAAAAUGCUUAUUAAGUUCUCUGUUUUCCAGGCAGUAUUUUAUAGGCACUGGUAUAUAGUAUUAGAGAAGGUCCUUACCCUCAAGAGACUCAAGUUCUAAUCAGAAUAAUGGCAACAUUUAUUGAGUACUUACUAUGUACUAGACAUUAUUUUAAGUCUUUUAUACAGGUACUAACUUAUUUAAUUAAGGAAACGGAAACCAUAAACAAUUACUAGCCAAGUGAACAAAGGACAAUGAAGCCAGAACAAUGAAUUCUACCUGUAAUGGUCAAGGAGGCUUCAUAUAGGUGACAUUUUGAGACGGGACAUAUAAGAUAUCCAAGGUUUCACUAAAAAAUAGACACUGCAGAGGAACUACACAGCUAGUAGCCAUGGGAGUUGUAGCACAGGGUGUGAAGAAUCAAGUCAGCAUCCUGCCGAGGACGUGUAGACUGGAACCCCAGCAGACAGGGCUUUGAAUGCCAUGUGAAAGGUUUAGACGCUAUCCUUUAGAACACCUUCAGUGUCUCCCCCUUGCCUGAGCCAGAAUGAUUUUUCAUCAGGUCUAUAUUUUAGAAUAACAAUUUCUGGCACCUGUGUAAAGGAUGGAUUGUAAAGAGAGACCAGAGGGGAUUUUUUUCCUUUUUAAAAGCCUGAAUGAGCGAUAAUGACCUGUAUCUGGACACUGACAAUGGGAAGGGAAAAUAAAGGAGGAAUUCAAGUGAAGGCAGAGGUAGAAGUGUCCAGAUUUGGUUAAACACAAAUCUAAAUGUGAGCAAAGAAUUGAAAGAUCAAACAAGGUUUCUAGCAGAUUCUUUACCAAUAUAGGGGGGACAAAAGGAAAUGUGGUAGAAAAUGAAUUUUGUUUGGGUCAUAAGACUGCCAGGUAGAAGUGUCCAGUGGACAAUUAGAACUGCAGUUCAGAAGGGGCCAGAAAGAGAUUUGGAAGUUUAAAGUGUGUUGAGCAGGAGAGGACCAAGGACAGAAUGGUGGGUGUACACUGACAUUUAAGAGGCAGGAAGAGUAGUUGAAGAGCAGUUAGAGUUAAAAGGAGAACCUAGGAAAGCUG